CUUAGUCUGAGCUUCAUUGCGAGCCCGCUGGCGCGGUGGCGGCGCAGGAAAAUGGUCGCCUGCAUGCAACACCUGGACUCGGAGCUAGACGGCAGUGGUUCGUAUCCACAUUGUUGAACGUUCCGCCCAUUCAGCGACCUAGAUAGAUUCCUACAGCCCAGGGAGCAGGCUUCCAGCCUUACAUAUGAACGGAGGUCUUUCGAGGCCGCUUUCUAGUUUACUAGGUACUACAGCCUGCAGGAGCGCCUGAUUGAUCGCUGUGUAUUCUGAAGGGUCAAUUCCGGGCUUUGCUUAAUCUCGCACUGGCUGCUCUGAAGGCGGCUCUGAUCAGCGUGUAUCAAUAAGCAGGCGAGCUUUUUGUGAAAUUAACCAUGGCGGCGGGUGCUGUGAUGUUAAAAGCGGGGGUGGUGGCAGGGCCGGCAUUGCACUAUGAGCGGGGCUCGAGCGCGUCGCAGAUCAGCCCACGGUUUGAGAUGCAAGGUUUCCAUCUUGCUCCAGCCACUUUCACCCGCACGUCUGUGAAACACAGAGUGGCUCCUCACAGGCCUGCCAUUCGCGCCCAGGCAAACUCCCGUGAUGCGUCUAGCCCAGGAUCCAGCCCUCCCGGAGAGAUCAAACAGACGGUACAAAGAGAAGUGGGCGUGUCUGCCGGCAAGGGCUCCCCCGGUUCGUCGGGCCCCCCCAAUGACAGCCCCGUGUCUUCCAGCAGCAAGCAUGCUAAAGUCGCCAAACAGCUCCAUGACGAGGAUCCGAACUCGUUUGAGGCCCGUGUGCUGAAUUCUUCCACUGGGAAGGACUCUGUUUCUGACUCGGGCAAGCACUGGCAGCAAGCGUCAGCGGCGGGUGUUCCCAGUGCGGUCGACAAGCUGGCUGGGCAAUUUGAGCAAAGGCAGGCAAAGAAGGUGCAGGAGGUGUCAAAGGCGGUGCAGGGCACCAUGUCGUAUGCUGCAGUUGCACAGAACCUGAGGCAUGAGGGACCUAAGCCGGGCCCCAUCCGGAGCGAGGUGCUCGACCGUGCAGCCCCCAAGCAGCAGGACCGUACCGAGGAGCGUCCCCAGUCUGACGAGCGGCCAUUCAAAGAGCCGCGUCAGGAAAGCACGCUGAACCUCGACUCCCAAACUGCCAGGAAGCUCAACCUCAAGUCCCUAGCCGCUAUUGUUGCCAUCCUGUUCAUCGCUUUCGGUUUCGCUCCCGUGUGGUCGCCAAUCGUGGGCAGGGUGCUCACGCCCUUCUUCCAACUGGUCGGCGUGGCUGUGGCUGUCAAAUUCUUCUUCACGGACUUCUUGCGGGCAGAUAAGCGGAAGGAAUUGUACAAGAAGGGCGAGAAGUUGAAGGAAGAUGUUACGGGAUCCUAGGCCAAUGGCAGAGGCAGUCGUGUAAUAAGAUUUGCCGGUUUUGAGAGAGUAACUGCUUUUGCAAUACGAAACCUUUUUUCGAGGUACAACUACCUCCUUACAGCAAGUACAAGCUAACUGAGCAGAACCUUCGGAGGCGAGCAACAGAGGCAUAUAGUUUGUGAAAAUCAUUUUUGAUCUCCAACUUGUAUACUAGAUGUGUAUAUAAAAAGAUGCACCAGCAAUUUGUCGCCAUUUCAUUCUGACUGCCGCUGUAGGUUGUGAAGCCAUGUUUGUAAUCGAACUCCUUUUGCCGCCCACCAGGCGGAAAUUUAUGAGGGGUGGGGCAAUGGUGACAUGGAGGGUACUUGCAAGCAUCAUAUCCCCCG